AUGCAUCCCCAGCCUGCGUCGGUGGUGAAACCUUUGGUAACCGUGGAGAUGUCGAUUGUUCCUCUAAUUAGCGAGCCGAAACUAAGGGGACUGGGUCCGUCUUCUGCGCGGUCUAUGAUGGGGAACCCUGUGCGGUACGUGAGCCAGAUACGUGUGUACACGUCCUGGAGGAAAUCGAUGGGCCAGCACGAUUCUGGUGUCGGGGGUUCUUGUUUCAAUCGCUGGAACAGGAAUUUGAGGUCUGAUGGUUUGUCGUCUUUUGGGGCGGUGGAGGGGGCUCGCCGUGGAGGCGGGCAGAGGAUUUCACAGCGGGCAGAGUUUGGCGAGCUGAUGGAUCUCGAGAGCGGCCGCAUGGCGAUGGAGGUGGCGUUCACGGGGCGGAACCGCGAGGAGACGAUGCGGCGGGCGCUGCGCAAGAUGCCGAUAGCGUUUGUGAAGGCGGCCGAGGUGUACGACCCGCAGGACCUGUUGCGUGGGGUGAAGAAGAUCAGUUUGGGCGAGGUGGAGGAGGAAGAGGAGGAGCAGGAGGAGGAAGAGGAAGAGGAAGAGGAAGAGGAAGAAGAACAAGAAGACGUUGACGAAAUUGAAUCAGAAUCGGAAGAACUCGAAGUUGACGAAAUCCAAGUCGAGGAAGUCCAGGAAAUCCAGGAAAUCGAAGAGAGCGACGAUGAGGACGAAGACAGCUACUCUUCCGAUAGCUCUAGUUCUUCCCUUUCCGACUCUGCCCCCACCGACGAGUCCACUCCACCGUUUGGAUACGACCCGGACGACUUUGCGUUCAACGUGAACCUCGUGCGCAUCGAGAACCUGCGUGUUGGCGCCGCGGCCACACAGUACUACGCCCACUGCGCCCUCGUGGAUGACGAGACGCGCUGGUGGGACAGCGAGGACCUCGGCGACGUGCUGGUGGAAAACGGGCUGCCAGAACACCGUCUGGAGGCCUUUUUCCAGUAUGCGACAGAACAUUUGCGCCAGGAACCCGAGCCCGAGCCUGACUACGACUACAGCGAGAGCGAGUCCGACUCGGACGGGCCUGGCGUCGAGGAUAUGGUGGCCUUUUACUCGAACAGGGUGAUUGAUGACCCAAUAAUGAUGGAGCCAACACAGUCGCUGCAGACGAGCGGUAAGGGCCGCAAGAAACGGCUUGUCUUGAACGAGGAGAUGGACGAGGAUAUACGACAGGCGUUGCUUGACCAAUUUUCGAAGCGCAACCGGGGAAAAAAGAAGGCCAAGAGCGUUUCCAACGGUUCUGGCGAGCUGCUGGCCAAGUACCCGUACGAGGUGCACGUGCGCGACAUGAAGACCGAGUACGACCUGUUUUACCACGACGCUUCGCGCGAGACGCUGCAAUGGCCGCCGUUGGACCCGCACGGGCUGCGGACGCUUCGUAAACUGGCCGAGUGCUACAAUCUGAAGCCGCGCAGUCUUGGCAACGGGCCCAAGACGCAUCUGGUAGCCAUCAAGACAAAGCAUACUUACAAACGACAGCCGAAUUACGGGCAGGUGAGCCGUGUGCUGCGGCAACGGCCGAUCUUCAAGCGCACGGACGUGCACUUCACCAAAGACGAGGUGAUGGAGCUGCGUGGCAAGCGCAAGAAGAGCAGCAAGGAGCACGGACAGGGCCGCAAAUGGGCCCCACGCGAAGGAGAGGUGGUUGCAGCCGCGGCUCCGGAGAUUGGCGUCGACAACGUGGGACGGCAGCUGCUGGAGAGAAUGGGCUGGCGCAAGGGCAUUGCGCUCGGAGUGGCCAACCAGGGAAUCAUCGAGCCCGUCCAGGCGACGGUCAAGCUUACAAAGCAGGGAAUCGGUGGAAACAAGUGGAUCUGCUGCGAGCUGUUGGACAUCGAGGUCGGUUUGAGUGUUGGCGACUGCAUUGGGGUGGUCAACGGGGUCUCAACGGGCGAGGUGAUGUUGAAGAUGGCCAUGGACCGGUCGAUGGACUCUGCCGAGUUGAAGCUGUUGUUGCUGAGCAGCACGGGGGAGUUUGGCCGUGACUUCUUCUUGGCCUGGCCGUCGUCGCGGACGAGCGUCGAGAGCGACGCGGACGAGACCGACCGCGAGAGCAGCGACGACACACGGGGCACAGACCCGUUGGACGGCACGCGGAUCGGCGUCAUGCGCUGCAGCGAAGACAGCGACGACAGCGGCGGCACAGAGCUGUUGGAAGCGAGCGUGGUGGAGGACGAGUUGUUGUUCUGGGCGGACUCGAGCGAGCGGAGCGAGGUGGACGAGUUGGUGCGGGACGAGAGCGACGAGUGGGGCGGCGUGAAGUCGGAGUGCAUCGUGAAGUACGAGUUCAGGGCCGGGCUCGACUUGACACUAGCCAGCUUGCGCGGGUCGGAGUUGUUGUGGAACUCGGCGUGCGGAGGAAAGCUCUGCAGGCUAUGCAGACUCUGCAUCGGCGUGGACUGGGCCCCGUUCACAAGAAUCUGCGGCGACCCGAGCGUGGCCCCUUGGGGCAGCACAUAUAUCGGCACCGGCUGUGGGUAA